UGUAGCAGAAUCUCGACGGUCUGUAGAAUCGUCCAGUUGUGCGUAGUACACUCGGUAUAGACCUUAUUGAAUUGGUAAAUGUUUUGCUGCUGUUUUGCUCAAAUUUUGUAGUUUAUCCUCGAGGUGAAGCGUGGCGUGUGUGAAGAAAGAUGUGCUAUCGUUUUUUUUUUUUUUUUUACUCUGAAAUCUCAGAGUGAAUGCUUGACCCUAUGCGCAGCGUAUGUCAGGCACCUUUGAUCUAACCACACUUUCUCAACUAACAUACAGAAAAAAGGAUUGCAAAAGCCAUCGAUGACUAUAUUGCGGUCAACGUUCGGUACUCCAGAUUUUAACAUGCACACGGACUACGCGUUUGUGCUGUGUGACGCCGCGAUCAAGACCUUGGAUCUCAUCUGUUCGUUGACGUGGGCACCUUUUAAGUGCGGGAAGCUUCACAUGACGCCAGUGUGGCGUAUAGCCAAGUACCAAGGGUCGCGACGACAGGGCAGCGUCACGUCGUGUCCACAAGUAUUUGGGACAUGCACUCUUUCGCCGUUAUCAGUGCCUCGUUAUACCAACCACUCUUUUGUACCUGUGGCAGUGCGCCUUGUAUUGAGGACAGCUUUUGAUGCGCAGAUACAAGAUGGAGAAAUCACGCACUAAACGGCGCAAGAAGGGGAAGGGUCGCAAACGUCUCGAACAGGAAACUGCAACCAAGAUGACCGAACCUCCAAGUGUGUUGUCGGCAGAUGGUGCACAGCCUCUUGACGAGCCUGCUGUUGAAGCACGAGACAAACCUGACGUGGUGGUUCCCGCAGGCGGUGUAGCCGUUUCGAAAGCUCCCGUUGCUCCUCCUAGCGCCGUUGUUUCGCCUUCUCGUCCUCCCGCUCUCAGUGAACCACAGAGCCUCCUCAAGGGUGCUGAACUUUCCUCCACGAUUUUGUCCCGGCCAGGAGCUACUUCCGUGAGAUCGCCGAAGUCGCCGUGCUCUGGACCGCAGGUGGACCCCGACACGGAAUGCGGCUUCUUCUGCGUGCGUUCUGCUUUCCUGGACCGGUUCCGCACCGUCCAAUGGGCCCUAUUCUUCUUGUGCUGCAUUUCGUUUCUGCGGAAUUUCUCUGUGGGCGGCAUCAUGUUCGUCGUACUUCCCUCUCUCGAGCGACGGUACCAACUGACUGGGUCAGAGACUGGCGCCAUUGUGAGCUCUAACGACCUGGCCAGCUCUCUGCUGAUGCUUCCUGUAUGCUUCCUUGCAAGCAAUCGCAACCAGCCUAAUUUCGUGGGAGGAGGCAUCGCGUUGGUUUCCGCAGGAAACUUGGUCAUCUCCAUGGCUCACUUCCUUGCACCACCCUACAAACCGGGAGGCGGAGCAGGAGGCGACGAGACAUGUCCCAAGCUAUAUCUGGACGACAGCGCGGAUUCAAAGAAAGGAAACGUUCGCCACUUCCGCUUCGUACUAAUGUUUGGCCAGAUACUGGCCGGGAUAGGAACGACUCCGGUUCACACGGUGUCUGUCGCAUACCUGGUCGACAAUAUGCCUCCGGAGAAAGCCCCAGUUUAUGUAGGCCUGUUCAACAGCAUGUCCGUGUUUGGACCCUCACUUGGGUUCAUCAUCGGUGGUUUGACGCUCAAGUACUAUGUGGACAUCCUCACGGAUUAUAAAGCGUUGGGUAUUACUUCGAGCAGCGGAUCAUGGGUAGGGGCGUGGUGGCCCGGUUUCCUCGUCUCUGCUGUCCUAGGGAUGGUCUUGGCCUUAAUUAUGGUAAUGUUUCCCAAGCACCUUCCUGGCCGCGAUGAGCUCGACCAAGACAGGAAUGUUAUCUUAUCCAUACACACAGCAACGCCCGUACACUCGCACGAUUUUGGAGAUCGUCUGUCCGGCCUGCCGCCGGCUCUGUUGAAGUUGUGCAAGAACCUCACUUUAGACUACAUCUGCCUCGCACGCUCUUUCAGUCAGAUGUACGUAACGGGCAUCACUACAGUGUUGACAAAGUUUCUUGAGGCACAGUUUGCUCUCACGUCGUCCAAAGCCGCACUACUCAUUGGGCCCUUAGUGCUUGUGGCUGGAGUUGGAGGAGCCAUCGCUGGAGGUGUCCUGGUUACAAAACUGAAGCUAGGAUGCACGGGUGUCUUACGUCUCUGCAUCGUGAACUCAUUUUUUUCCGUGCUCAGCAUACUGCUCUUCUGGUGGGGGUGCCCGGACACAAAUCUCGCAAUCAACGCGAACUACAAGAAUGAAGCGAAAACUACCAGCUCCCAGUACGACUUGCCAUGCAACAGCCAUUGUGGCUGCUCCGAAGAUGUGGUGCAGCUAGUUUGCAGUGCCGAAAACCAGCUCUUCUUGUCUCCUUGCUACGCAGGCUGCCAGGUUGUAGUGGCAGGCCACAACAUCACGGGUUAUAUUCAGUGCGACUGCAUUAAAGAAAAAAUGUCCAUGCACGGUCGUGACGCUACGGUCCAGGUUGAAGCUGUACGUUCCCGGUGUGGGAAUGAUUGUAGACUCCUGGUUCCGUAUUUGGCUGCCAUCGUAUUCAGCCUUACCUCAGUCUUUCUUAGCCUGGCCCCGUCCACUGCUGUCGCCAUACAGGUGGUGAAGCCGAAGGAGAGAGCACUUGCACUGGGGUUACUGGGUCUCCUUACUCAAUUGAUUGGAAGCAUGCCCGCACCUAUGGUGUUUGGCGCGAUCGUCGACUCCACCUGCGCGGCUUGGAAUAAACGGGGCGGUCAUCGCGGCAACUGCGUCAGCUAUCGCAACAUCGACUUAGCCCACGGUGUUUUCUUCACCCUUCUGGUUUGCAUCCUGGCUUGCAUAGCAGCUUAUGGAGGGGCUCUGUAUAAAGUCUCAAAAAUGAAGGGAGGAACAGAAAAGGAUGAUGAUGAAUGAAAAGAAAAUAUCGUUUCCGAUAAAGAAAGUAACGUGGCAGAAGACAAGUCACCAAUGGAUACCCAAUAAACACACACGUAUAUAUACA